GUUUAUUCACACUUACAUAAAGCCGUGUUUUAAAAUUCGACUCGUUUAUAAACGUCGAGAAAUCGGAAAGAAAAUGCUAAUAAUAUACUGUAAGUACCUACUAAAUACUAAAAAUAAUUAUUUUUAUAUUUUUAUCAACUAUAACAACAUUAAAAAUAUAUUUAGAAUCUCAGAAGUAUAAAUAGUAAAUUUUCAAUAAUACCACCAUUUAAAUAGGAUGUUCAUCCGUAGAAUAAUACAUUUUAUCAAUCAAUAAAAAAGUAAACGUUUAAAUAAACAACCUAUACGUUCUUGUUUUUUUUUUUUAAUAAUUAAUAAUUAAUAUUUAAAAAAUAUUAAUCAAAGUGCAUACAAUAAUAAAAAUAGCUGAUAUUUAAAUUAUUUAAAUAAAACGAUUUAAACGUUCAAUCAACUGCUUACUAUACAUAUAAUUUUUGAGAUUCGGAGCCUAGCGAAGGAACUAUUGGUUUAGCACCUAUUCUGAAAGUAAAUUUUAUCUNAGCUGAUAUUUAAAUUAUUUAAAAGCUGAUAUUUAAAUUAUUUAAAUAAAAUGAUUUAAACGUUCAAUCAACUGCUUACUAUACGUUCAAUCAACUGCUUACUAUACAUAUAAUUUUUGAGAUUCGGAGCCUAGCGAAGGAACUAUUGGUUUAGCACCUAUUCUGAAAGUAAAUUUUAUCUAAUUGAUACAUUAAAGAAGUCAUUUUUUGAUUUUCCAUGGUGUUUUUAAAACAAUUGGGGAAAUCAGAAAGAAAAUUAUCGGUAAAACGACAAAUAUUUACAACGCACGAUUGAUUUUAAUUUUUGUAAAAUUUGUUUUUUACCAGAAAUAUUGCUUUAAUCAAAAAAUACCAAGUGAAUUUGUUUAAUUUUUGGAUAUAGAUCACAAAUAAAGUCGUUUUUUGAUUUUCAAAGUAGUUUUCAUAAUAAUUGGAAAUACCGGAAAAAGACGAAAAAUUAAAAACGAACAAAUGUACGGCAUACGAUUUCAUUAUUUUAAAUUUUUAUACAAGAUGGUUUUUAUCAGAAAUAUUGCUUCAAUAGAAUAAUAAAAAAAUAUCUUUUUUAUUUUCUUUGUUGCUUUAUUAAUAAUUGAGCAAAACCGAAAAAAACUUUGAAAGAACAAGAAAACGUACGGAAAUAAGGCUUUUAUUAUUUUAAAGUUUAUUUUUUUUUUAUAAUUCAGUUUAAAAUAUUAGUAGAGAAUUGAAAUAUUAACAGAAAUCUUAUAUUUGCUUUUUCUAGACAUGGUAAACUGUCCGAAACAUGAGCCAUUUUUGAGCUAUUUGUAGAAAUUUUAAUUUUGUGAGAUUUUAUGUAAUUUUUUUUAUAGAUACUCUGUGGAUAAAAUUGUUAGACUAAACAGUAAUGCUUAAACAUUGGACAGGUUGUUUAUUAGUCAUAGCGCUAAAUGGUAAAACAAAAAAUGAGUGUAAUGUAGUAUUAUUUUUAAAAAUAAUUUUAAUAUUAAAUUUUGAUAAAAAUCAUAACUAUUACGGCCUUUCAAAAUAUGUAUAACCAAACUUCGCUUUGAAUCGUUUUUCAUUAGCAAUGGUUUACCAUUGCUUACAGAUAUAAAUUAAAUAACUUUAUGUAUCCUCCUACCUUCCCAACUACCUACCUACAACAUCCGUCCCCAAUAUGAUCAUUUUUUUUUUUCUAACACUGUCUAUUAUAUACAUUAUUAUGUACAUAUUCAUAUUCAAAUACGGCCACAGGCGCACAAAGUAUAUGACGUCAGUUUAAUUAUAUUUAGUUCGUUGUUUUAUUAAUAACUUUUUCAAUAAAAUACUCCAUAAAAAUACAAAAUAUGUAUACAAUGUAAAAUUACUAUGUAAACUAUGUUUACUAUGUAAAAUCAAUAGUUUUAUAAAAUUCUUAUAAAAACCACUUCAUUUGUAAACAUUAAAAAGUUCCAAAUUUCCCAUUAUUAAUUAUUUUAAAAAUAAAAUAAAUUAUCUUUAUAAUAUAUAUUAUAACUGAAAUAUUUUUGUAUUCUUUCCCAAAGAAUAAAAAAAUAAUGAAAAAUAUAAUAACACAAAAAUUGUAAUAGUCCUCAAUGCUGAUAAUCGUUUAUAUAAGCGAUAUAUGGUACAUUGUAUUAGUGAUAGGAAAACAGAGCUUUAACCCUUCCUCAUCCUACCUGAGAACAAAUAUUACAUAAACUUUUUAUGAUUUAAAUUUUCAUAGGUGGUGGUGAUGAAUUUCAAGCAUAUUAUGUUAUAUUGUAUAUAUUAUCAUAUCCAAGCCUAGAUUCAAUAAUUUGUUAUAUAUUUUAGUUCUAAGUCUUCAAAAGAUAUGAUAGGCUUUAUAAUGUAUCACGAGAAUCUUUUUUUACAUUUAUUUGACGAAUAAACAAAUUAUCGGAUUAGUAUUGCGAAUAGAUCGUUAGUGAAUGGUACCAAUAGAAUAUGUCUCAAUUUCAUGUUGAUAUUCGAUAACGAUUAGGAUUGUCAGUCAAAAACUUUAGAAGACCCCAAAAAUAAUUAAGUAAGUAGGUGUCUUAGUUAUUACUUUAAUAUAAAAUUAAGAUACUCAUAUAACAAUAUGUUCUUUCGUAUAGUUCCUAAACAUGUCGAGGGAUUUUAAAUUCGCAGAGAAGUCGAGAUAAUCGGGAAUAAUUAGUAGUCAUCGCAUCGUUUUAACACUAAAACGGAUAUUAAUUAAUUUAGUGUAAUUAUUAGUAUACGAUAUUGUGGUUCAAAAAUUAAAUCGCGUUUAUUUUAAUUUGACAAAUUAUACAUACGCAAUAAUAACUCUCAAAUAUUAUAGUAUUCAGAAUUAUUCGAGCAAUUCGGCCGGUAAUACUAAAAGGACGGACAUACUUCGCACGAUGGGUGGGCAACUGUAUAGUCGAGUUGUUGGAAAGGUAGGAUAUAGAAGAUAAUUUAAUGUAUACCUAUAUGCAAUUAUUAAUCUUUGCUAACGAAAAAUAAUUCUGAGAGGAGUUUUUGAAAUGUUUUGUAGUGUUUACGAUUUACGAUUUUCGUUAAAAUUUGAUACAAAAAUUCUUAUAAAAAAAAAAUUCUACAGCACACUCAAUUUAUACAUUACAAUUCAAAAGUACGACUUAUAAUGAACCUUCUGUUAAAUUUUCAAGCAUGUCUGUUUAAUCUAAUAAUUUUUUUCACAGAUUGCUUAAUGAAUAUAAAUUACGUAAAAUCCUCACAAAAUUCAAAUGCCUAUAAAUAAUUCAAAAUUUUUUGUUUUUAUUAUAUUUUGAAAUUAUGAAAUAAUAAUAAUAACAAUUUAUUUUGAAAACUCGAUUUAUUUUAUUUAAAUUAUUUAAUCCGAAUCAUUUAUAUAUUACCCAUUUUUAAUUCAACAAAACGUGAAAAGAAAGUCGUCCUAAACACUUCGAAAUCGACAAACAAAAUAAUAAUAAAAAUUAAAUAAUAAAUAAUAAAAAUUGUAUUAUACAUACUGAACAAUACAUACAUUUAUUAUACAAAAUUAUUAAAAGUAAACCAUACAAAGAGUAUAAUACAUGUAUCCCACAAUUAAAAAAAAAAUAAAUAUAUAUUGUAUCUUCAUAUACAAAAAUCCCGUGUUCGUUCACGGUAAUCUCCAAAACUGCUAAACCGAUUUUUAUGAAAUUUUGUAAAUAUAUAUUGUUUAGUCCAAUUUAAGAGAUAGGAUAGAUUUUAUCCCUCAAUAUUUUUUAUUGAAAAUUUUAUAAUUUUUUAUAUUACAAAGAAUUAUAAGUUCUAUGUAUGUAUUGUACCGUAAGUAUUAUAGUUUAAUCCCUGUGCAGUGCGGAUAUCUACGAUAACAUGGAUGAAAAAAUGUAUGACACUCUAGAACACUUUUCACCUAUUUUUUUCUAUUAUAUAUAUUGAUACGGACAAAAAAAUUGGGAAUAAUGGUAAAAAGAAUAAAAAAUUAUCACGGGCAAAGUCGGGCGUGGAAUAGCUAAUAUAUAAUAUACCUACACAUAAUCAAACUAAAUAUUAUUAUAUAAUUUAACAAGAUUAAAAGAGUAUUAUAAUUAGUUACUUUUCGGACGCCUCUUUUAGAGCCUAAAAAAAAGUUUAAAAAUAAAUAAAUUAGCGUAUCAAGGGUAUAGAAAUAAAUACAAUAUACAAAUUGUACGAAGUUAAUAUAAUAUCAAAUAUUGUACGAAAAAAAAAACAGUUUGUAGUGUAUGCAUACCGCAGUAGGUAUAUCAGUAUUAUUAUUAUUAUUUACAGUGUUCGAUUAUUGAAAAUGUAUAUCUAAAGAAAUAUACGAAAAUUUUGUAUUUGACAAUUUUGUCAAUAAAGGAAAAUCGUAGCUAUAUAUUCAUGGAUAUUGGGCAUGCCAUCUAAAAUAAUACUACACUGCCACGCAGUUAGGCGUAUCAUAAAUACAUAAUAAAAGUACAUACAUAAAUAUAUUGUUUUCUAAUAUUAAAUUAAAUGUAACGAAUCUCAUAUAUUUUAGGAUCCGUACAAAAAUUAUAUACCUAUAUCUAAGUAUAAAAUGGCUGAUACUUCUAAUAAGUGAACACUGAUUUAGGAAGACAAUUUGGGAAGGAUAUUAUAUAAAAUCAUUCAAGUUAUAUCUAUACACAACAAUAAACCAUUGUUAAAUAUAAACGAUUCUGAGCAGAAUAUUAUUAACCCUUUUUUUUUCCUUUCAUACAAAAGGAACUAAAAAAUUAGACAAACAAUUUCCAGUUAUUCUCAUUUAUAAACAAAACUACAUGAGAAAUUUAAAAAAUGAUCUUAACAAUGCACCAACUAAAUCAAAUAAAGAUUUUAAUUGGAGGAAGAUUUUUGAUAAAAAAGUUGUUUACAAACACAAAAAAGAAAUCAUCAUAAUAAAACCUAUAAGCAUAUGUGAAUCUCUCAUUUCACUGAAGAGGAUCUAAAAAUGUUUCUUUUUUUGGUUACCAAACUGUUAUCUAACCGAAUCUAUAAUAAAAAUAUAAAAUAGUAAUAUAACAUAUAUUUAAUUGUAAACAAAAAAUGUCGGAUACACACACUGUUAAAUUUAUUAUAAAUUAUUGUAAACUAAUUACAAUUUGUAGUAAGAAAUUAAUAAAUAAAAUAAUAUAUAAUUUUAUGACUGACGAUAUGUUUCGCAGUGUUUGGAAGUAAAAUUCAAUAAGUCACCCCGAAUACUUUCACGAAGAAAUUAUAGCUAUAAAGAAUAAAUAAUUAUUAUGCACUUGUAUGUGUACUUUACAUGAAUACAUUUGGUCCGUAUGAAUUCAGAUAUAAUUAACAUUAUUUCCACGCUUCUAAUUAAAUAUGUUAAAACAAAAUAAUUAUACAGUCUUAAUUUAUAAUUAACAUAGAAGUACAAAACAAAAAAACUAUUAAAAUAAAUAAUUUAUUAUAUUACUUUCGUUUAAUUCAUAAAUUUCCUAAAAUAAAUUUCAAGUAUUAUUAUUCCAAUAAGUGAUAGGUCCGUGAUAAAAGUAAUGAUUUAAUGUUUUAUUUUCUAAUGAGUUGCAGUGUCUAUAUUGUUUAUUAUAUUAUAAUAUUAAUUUUGUGAAGUUGUCUCUUAAUGGAUAUUUUUAAACUAAAUGUACUAUAAUAUUCAGAUUCCACCUCGAAUCAAUUUUUUUUCUUUAUACCUAAUAUUUUAAUUUUCUUAUUUUUUAAAAAUGUAUUUUCAAAAAUAAUAUUAUACAAAAAAAUAGCCAUGUAGACAGAACUGUUUUCAAAAUAAAAAUGUAUUCAAACAGGGCAAUGUUAAGUGAGAGGGAGGGCUAUGGGGUAUUUUCCUCGAGCACCAAAACUUUUAAAACUAUGAGACGCUCGACUCAAUAUAUAACUCGGAAUAAAAUUAAUAAUACUAUUAUAAUAUUAUAUCACUUGUUAGUUGCUUUAAUUUAAACACUUUGCUUAAAGUAAUCUAUACUAAUAUUAUAAAGAAAAAAAAUGUGUUCGUAUUUUUUUAAUGAAUAAGCUCAAAAAGCACUCAAUAGAUUUUAAAAAUUUUUUCACUUAUAAAAAUGUAUAUUAUCAACGAGUAACAAAGGCUAUAUUUUAUUUUCAAAUACAUUAGUAACACAAUUUAUGUGCACCUAGAAAAAAUGUCAUGACCAAGGAAGUCUUAUUUGUUGUAGAUAAAAUGUUAAAAUUUUAAUAUAAUAAAUUUGGGAAAAUUAAUUUCCAAAUCAUCCCCAGGUCAUCAUUCUUAAGAGUGGGUGCUUAAAAAUGGAUGUCUCUGGGCGCCAAAUGGAUCUGUAUUUAAACGUAAACAUAAAUUAUACGAGAAAGUGAGUUUUUUUCACAUUAAUUUUCUAGCUGUGUUAGAAAUGAUAUCCUUAAAUAUAGCCUUCCAAACUCAUCAACAAGAGUGUAAACUUUGCGAUUACUAAUCGGAAUUUAGGCCGGAUCGUGGUUUUUUUAAUAUUAUUAAUAUAUAAUUAUCUAUUCUCUAGUAUAUUGGAAACUCGUAAAAAAGCAGUAACACGAGGGUGAUAAGAACGUGUGACAAUCUUAUAGGAAUAUUUAAUGCGUAUAAUGUUAUUAACGGGCCCCUAUAUGGCCAGACGAAUUAACGUAAUUUAUGGGUUUGCUAUCGGACAUUGAAUGGGGCGGAAAUAUAUAGUUAGAGGGAAAUGGAAAAAUUAAUUUUGCUUAUUGACUCAGAAUUACACUGUAAUAGCAUCAUGUUCUUCAAUUUGAUAAUAAAGUACAAAAAUAAUAAAUAAACAAAUUAUUUUUCUAUUUACAUUUUUAAUCAGUAAGUGUACCGCUAUACGAUCAUAAAUAGAAAAAAAAUCCCUCACAAAAUAUUAUAGUGUUUAUGUACAAUCACCAUUAUUAAAUUUUUUUUUUUUUUCAACAAUCGAAUCCAAUAUAAAUAUUGAAAAAUAUCGAUUUAGGUUCUGAAUAUGUUUUCUUACCUUUUUUUUUAUAAAUUACGAUAUUUUUUACCAUUGGAUAAAAAUGUAUUAUACUUCUCAAUUAUUAUUCUUCCAUAUUCCUUAUAAACAUAACAUAUUUUUUUAAGUUAAAAUUUACAUUCUAUUUACUUCAAUACUUCAAAUAUAUGAAACUAAUAAUUUAUCAAUUUAAUUAUUUAGGUUCAUUUAAAAAAAUACCAAACCUACCAACUAAGUUAAUCUUUUAGAUAAGUAAAGUAAGAAAUGUAACAUAUAUUUUAUAACAUUUAGACAAAUUAAAAAAUGUACUACUUAUAGUUAUUAUCACUCAAUAAUAACCAGAUUAAAAUGUUUUAUUUAAUAAUCACAAAAUGUCUACCAAUUUCCCUACUAUUUGGUUUUGUUUUAAUAUCUUACCCUAUUUUGCUAAGCAAGCGGUUUCCAAAGAAAUUUAUUUAAUUCUCCAAAAAAAAAAAAAAAAUUACGCCUUCCAUGAUUGAAUAAUCAUAUACUAUAAAUUUAAUAUAAAAUAGGUUAAAAAUUAUUAUUUUUUCACGUUUAUUCUCCAUUUUAAUGUAUUCACGUUUGAAGCAAUGUUUUGACUGUUUUACGCUUUUUUUUCAUGUUGUGUAAUGAAUUAUUAAUAUAAAAUCUAUUAUUAUAGAUUACGGCUAAUACUGAAAAUACUGUUUCACAUAAAUACAAUGUCAUAAAUUGUAUUAAUAUAUGCGUAGUUUUGAGGCUGAUUUUGACAUAUUAGUUCUAAAAAACAAAAUCCUAAAAGUCUAAUGGAUCUAAAGAUAAAUGUCUACAAUAUUUACUUCGUACCUCCCAAGAGACGAGAACAUCACAGUUUGGGAAUCGCUGAGCUAAGCAAUAAGUUAUAUGAGUAUGUAAGAUAACAUUGGUAAGCAAUAUAAUAAUAAUUUGAAAACGAUGUUCAUUUAAUCCCAUGGUCUACGACGCCACAUCACGUUCUUGGCAAAAAAUAAAAAUAACUUUCCAGAUAUUCUUCAUUUCUUGGUAACUAUCAAACCCUUACUCUGUUUAUAUUUUAAUAUUUUUUUAUUGACCAUUAACUUUUUAAUAUUGAUUUGAUAAAUUCAAAUAUAAUUUCUAAUCUCUUAUCGUUUCUGGUUACAAAAACAAAAAUCAUAGAUACAAAUAAAAUUUUAAAAUUGUACAUAUUAUAUACUUUAUACCAAGCCUUUGUAUUUAUUUUAAUAUUUGUAUUUACUAACACUCUAAAGAGCUACGCUACUCUAACAUUAUAUAAAUUAGAUAAAACAGUGUAUAAUCAUGUAAACUCAGUAAUUACCACAACAUCUUUUGACAAUUUAAAACUUAAAUUAAAUCGUUACUAAUAACGAAUAUAAGCUAAUACCUUUACAGAUUAAUUAAUUAUUAAUAUUAUUUUCUGAUUUCUUUAUUAUUAUAAAUUAUUAAGUAAGAAUAUAUGACUGUUCUGUAUUGACAAGUGGAUAAAACUCAUUAUUUAUUUUAUCUCUACCAAUAAUUAACCAAUAUUUUAAUAUUGUUAUAAUAUAUUAUAUAUAACUGACAAUGAUUGUAUUAUAACUUGUAACUUUAUAAGAAUAAAAUUAUAUUUGAAAACUGACAUAAAAAUGUAGAUAAAAAAUUAUUGUAUCAUAAAUUAUGUACCUAUUAUUUGCAUACUUUUUUUUUGAAGUUAAAAUUGGAUUGCAUUAUCUUUUAUAUAUUUUAUUCCGAAUUAUUAUUUAGUUUUAUCUACAAAAUUAUACUUAUUAAGUAAUUUAUAUAAAAUCUAAUCCAAUAAAACGUGUAUAGAAUAGUAAAAAAAAUAUAUAUAUAUAUUCUGAAUUAUGUUUUAUUAUUUUUCAAUUAAAAUAUAUGCUAAAAUAGAUACUAAUGAUGUAUAGUACAUCCUUACAAUAAUUACUUUCCAUUAUUUUAUUGUAACCCGUUGUAUAAAUCUUCAUAUAUUUUGUUUUAAUAUUUUAAACAUAAUGAAAUUAAACUAAAAAUAAUCGAUCAUUUUUAAGUUGAUAGAUGUGCACUUUCUCUUGUAGAGAAGUAAUUUCUAGAGAAAUAUAACUCAACAUGUUGAAUUGAGGUUCGAAAAUGGAUGAUAUAUUACACCGGCCAUUAAAAAUAUUCUGAAAUUCACUUGUCAAAAUAUUAUUUUUAUACAAUAAUAUUAUAAAAUUAUAUUAUUCUUACUAUCGUUCAUAAAAUAAUAAAAUGUAAAAAAAAUCGAAAAUCAUAUUAAGAAUAGAAUAUAUACAGCUAUAUAAUAAUUAUUCAUGUACCUACACAUUUUAAUCUAAAUACACCCCCAACACAACUUUCAAAUGACCUACUUAUGCAACAACUCACAGGUAGCUACAUCAAGAAAAAAAACAUUUAUCUUAUUUACGAGAUUUAUUUAACUGUAUACAUUCCUACAUGAUUAUUGUAUACUUCAGUACGUUUUAUUAUUCUGUGACUAACUCUUAAAUUGUAAUAUGUUUUUUUUAUUAGAGCUUUUACAACUAAAACAGAUUAUAUACAUAUAUUAUAAAUUGUUGUUUGACUAAGAAAAUUGAGUUUAAAUUGUUAAAUUUUGUGUCCAUUAUAAUCUUUUAUCGUAAAUAUUGUGAUGUGAACAAUUACUAAAUUAAUAUAUAUUUUUUUAGUCGUUACUUAAAUAUGCUUCUAUAAUAUGAUAAUAUAAUUAAAAAAUUCACUUAAUUUUGUAUACAGUUUUUACACGCUUAUUAAUUAAUAUUUUAAAUAAAAAUUCAAAUUCUUGAACGCUGUAAAAAAAAAUUUGACGUACGCGUAGGUAUCCCUAUCAAUAGUGAUAAAUAAUCUAUUAAAUUUAAAUUUAUUAAGAACGAAAAAGUAAAUCGUUUGGCGAAAGUGAGAAAAAAAUUAUUAAAAACAAUUUUUCAGUUUAAAAUUUGAAAACUUCUCUAGUUUAUACAAAAUUUACUAAAAUGAUGCUUGUGUAUUUCGUGUGAUCUUUUUAUGUGUUUCAAACGACCAUUAAUAUUACAAUAAACAAAACCUGCAGUUUAAAUUUAAAUUUAAAUCGAGCUAUUUUAUGGUUAAUAACUAUCAUACCUACUAAUAAAAUAAUAUAUUAUGUGAUUUCAUUUUUUUUUUUUUUUUUUUUUUUAACGCGCGUUUAUACCUAUUUUAUUUUCAACAGAUUCACAGUAUAAAUUACUUUACAGUAAAUGUAUAUCAACAAACACAUAUAAGAAAUUAUACGAAUACUAUAAUAGGUAGGUAAUCCAACUAAUUAUUAUUAUAGGUAUGCACUUAAAUUAAACGGUUUUUAUCACAAAACAUUAAUUAGUUUACAAAAAAAAGAUAAUAAUAGUUACCUAGAUAUUAUGUGGGGACUCGCAAACACAAAUUUGGACUGUCAAAUGGCCCGCGAAGGACGUUGUUUGAUCCAUAAUAUAUUAACUAUUUAUACAGUAUACAUACUCAUCGUAUUAUGAGCACACUCAAUUAUUGGCGUAGAAACAUAAAAAUAAUUAGUGUGCAUUGCUAUUUUGGUCGUACAGAAUAAUUGAUUAUAAUACAAUUGCAAUAUAAUUUACAUGUAGUAUGUUUUAUUUUUUGUAUUUAUUUUAAUGUUAAGUACAUCCAUUAUUGUAGAUACCAGACCACGCUUAACUAUAAAAAUGUUAAGCACCACACUAUUUUCAAAAAGAGGGACAAAAUAAACUAAUUAUUCAAAACUCAAAAACUGAAUAAAAAAUAAUAACUUUGGCCACAAUAUUAUAUUUUUUUCAACACAAUUAAUCUAAAUUUGUAUCAAUCAAUUUGAUUAAGAGUAUCUAUAAUUUUAACAGUGUUUGAAUUGGUAAAUAAUUAUAAAGAGAACGUAAGUUUAAGAAAAUUGUACGUUUCUUAAAAUUAUUCAAGUGUUUAGAUAUUUUCAUAAUAUAUGUCCAAUGUCCAUAUAUAUUCAUAAUGUCCAUUCAUGAAUGGUGAUAGGAGAAGAUUGGGUCACGCCCUCCUGAACUUGGAAAUUUAGACUACUGAGUCGAAAUUUAACGGUAAUUUUAGUUGAAAUUCAGUAAUAAUUUCAUUAUAUUGUUAUCAUCAAAUAUAUUACUUAUCAAAAGAGAAACAUUCGAAAAUUAGAAGAGGUACGUUAUAAUAUUUCUAAAAAAUAAGAGAUACUCCUCUCAGUCCCUCACCCUAAUUCAAGCACUACUAACUAUUAUUUAUUGUAAUUUAAAACCUAUUUUUUUUUUGUUUAACUAGUAAUCACGUAUUAAGAAUUAUUAUUAUAUGAUUUUUGCUAAAUAUAGUAUUGUUAUAAUCACGAGGUUCAAAAUCUCUCAAUCAUAACUAAAUAAAUAGAUAUAUCAUCAAAAAUAUGGAUUUCUCUUAUCAUUACACAUGUACCCCAAUUUUAACAUCUCAGUAUGUAGAUCUAUGUAAUAAUCGAGAUAAAAACAUAAGACCAAUUUUCAUCAAAUUAUUUAUUUCCCCAAGGUUUUUCGUUUAUUCCAUAUCUGGGCACACUUCAUGCGCAAAAUAAUUUUGCUGGCAUAUUUGUUUAUUUAGGAAUGCUCUCAAUCAAUUUAUCAAUAUUGGAAAUAUUUAGAUUCAUACGAUUUAAUAACACCUAUACUAACCAAUUUCUGAUAGACAGUUUGUUUUUUCUAAUAAAUAUAAAUCCCUUAAUAACAAUAAUUAUACGUGAUUUAUAGAUAAUCCAUCAUAAAAUAACUUAAGUUAAUACGAUUAGAUACUUAAAGAAAAAAAUCAUUGAUAACACUUUCUUUUAACUUUUUCUUCGAAGAGAACAUUACUUUCAUCUCAAUUACACUUAUAAAACAUAUAUAAUAUAUUUGACUUUAAAUUGUUGUAGAUUUUAAAAGUUUAAACGAUAAGAAUAUAAAAAAGAAUCUUCAUUAGGCUGACAAAAUAAACUUUUAUAAAUUAAAGUAACACUAAAACAUAAUAUAAUAUACAAUCGGCAAGAUAAAUUGUAUUCUCUUACAAACUUAUUGGAAGUAAGAUAAACGUGUUAGUGAAACCGUGAAUAGAAUGUAUAAACAUUUCUCUUACAAUUUAUAAAUAAUAAAUAGAAGUAAAAACCGUGAAAUCAAAUUGAAUUUCACAGUAUAAUAUAUACUUGGUCUUCAAAAUUCUCGUAAAUAUUUUUAAAAAAAAUUGUAACAUAAGUUAUUUCUACUUCUGUUUCUAUCUUAAAUAGUUAGAAUCAGCCUAGGUAAUAACAGCAAUAAAUUCAAAUUCGGUCUUGUACUAAAAUAAAUAUAUUCCUUUCUCCGCUCAGAAUAUAAAAUAUGUACUUUAAGUUAACUAUAUAAAGCGAGAGUAUUGUAAUAUAGGAGUAGAAAGAAUAUAUCAGUUUUCAAAAUUUGUCUCGUCGCCCUGAUGGUUUACGUUAUCAGGUAAGGAUAUAAAAUCAAAUGGAUUAAUAUAAUUAAUAAUGUAAAUAGGUUUUAGUGGCACCAAUGUUCUUGGUAUAGUUUGUCUAUGAUGAUCGUCUUAUAAAUUCCCAUGUGAUAUACUUUUGUAUAUUUCUGUCAAUUUUACUGUAAAUAUUCAUCAGACAACAGAUAUAAGGUUAGACAUUUUAUUUCUGUCGUAAAACGUAGUAAAAGUUCCAGCAUUUCUAAAAAGUCUCACAGUACAUAUAAUAAUAUUAUACUUAGCAACUUCAGAAGAAGUUCAUAAAAAUACCUCUAGGUAUUUUAUGAUUCCUAGAUCCACUUUCUACCUAUAUUAUAAUUUAUAAUCAAUUUUAAAAAAAUUAAAUACAGAGAUUGAGUGAUAUACUGGUCACGUAUUUACAUGUUUUAUUUAAAAUCUAACCUCCUCGGUCAUUUUUUUUUUUUUGUAUAUAUUUAUUAUGAAGCUUAAAAUAUCAUAUUUUCCACUAAAGUUUCAUUUUCUCGAGUUUUUUAAAAAAUUACAUUUUUGUUACAGUAUGGAUUUUGAGUUACCUAGUAUCAAGCAAUGGUUUCUCCUUAUUAAAAGAUAUGCCGGGAUUCUCAACGUUUGAAAGUUGUAUAGAACCGCCAUCAAGAUGUCCGAAUCCAAAUAUAACUUUCUACUUAUAUACGAGGUAAAAUUAAAAUCACAUAUAUAUACUACCUAUAUAACUACAUACCUACAUAACCUAUACCUACCCUCAUAAAUAAAAUAUAAAUUUCGUUAAAAUUGUGUAUUCUAAUUUAAUUUCUCAAUAGUUAAUUUAGUAUUUUAACAAAAUACUGGUAUAAAAUUAUUAUAGAAUCCAGUAAGUCGAUUGAUUUUCAUGUUCAUUCGGUUCCACCUAGCACAUUGUGAUAUAAAAAGUUUAAUGUGCAGUCAUUAUUUAUUUAUUUUUUGUAUUAUUAUUAUUUGUCAUUUGCAGUAAUAUAGUAUACCUAGUCAUAUUUCUGUUCACGAUUGUCGAAAAACUAUUUCCCCAUAAACUAUUUAUUUUAUUUUCGUGUGCAGUGAAGUACGGUGAAAACGAGCUAGUUCCAAAUAAUAUAAUGACGGCCAAAAUAUAGAACUUUGCCAUACAAAUAAAUAUGUUCAAUGUCUAAAACUUAAAAAUAAAACCAAUAAUAUAGGAACAAUUUAUUUUCAUCUUACGCAAAGGUGUAAAUUUUUAAACUCGUAAAAAAUAAAAAAUUGUUUGAAAAUAUAUUAUUGUAAUUGUUAUAGUUAUUUAAAAUUCGUUUAAAAAAUUGAUUAAACAAUCAAUUUUUUUUUUAAAUAAAAGUAAUUUGUAGAAAAAAAAACCAAAAAAAAAUACCCUACACUUUCCAAUCUCUAUCCGUUUNUACGCAAAGGUGUAAAUUUUUAAACUCGUAAAAAAUAAAAAAUUGUUUGAAAAUAUAUUAUUGUAAUUGUUAUAGUUAUUUAAAAUUCGUUUAAAGUUUAAUCAAUUUUUUUUUUAAAUAAAAGUAAUUUGUAGAAAAAAAACCAAAAAAAAAUACCCUACACUUUCCAAUCUCUAUCCGUUUCCCUUUUUUACGAAAAUAACUCAUUUUGAUUUAUGACAUCGAGUGUGCGAACUCGUACCGGAGAAUUUUUGUUAUCACAGCGGUUUGGAAGCUAUUCAUUUUCACCGUGAUAAUAAAUAAAAAACAAUUUUCUACAGAAAAUCGCUAUAUUUCCUAUAGAGGUGAUAACAUAAAAGUUUGAACAUAAAAAACCUCGUUUAUAACUGUCAUUGAAAAAUAAAUAAUAUAUGAUUUAUAAUUGUAUUUUAAGAUUGUAAACAUAUCGAUAUAUUGAUUUUAACAAUAUUAAUUUCAUUUAAGGUAAUGCGUAAAAAACAUGAAAUAAUAUUAUUUGAAAUAAAAUUGUAAAAGUAUUGAUUCUUUAACAGUAUUAGUCAUUAUAAAUAGUUCAAUAUGUAGUUUAAUGUGAAUAUAACAAAAUAUAUUGUAUACAAACCAUAGAACUAAUAUAACUGGAAACGGAUUUGUUACUGUUGUAGAUGAGAAGUCGAGAAGGUAAAGUUAUAAAAUAUAAAGUUUUUAAUCUUAUAUUUAUACACAACGAUAAACCAUUGCUAAUGAGAAACGAUUCUGAGCGAAAUUCGGUUAAACAUUUUUUUGCCAUAAUUUCUCUGAUUUUCAUCAAAAUUUUAACUUAAACGCCUAUAAACAAUUAAUAAUGCCCAAUUUUUUAUUUAUUUUUACUACUAAGUACUAUUUAUAAUAAUCCUGUUUUUAAAUUUUCAAACAUUUCUGUUAAGACAAACAAUUGUAUUCACAUAAUAAACUUAAAAAUAAAUAUUUGAAAAAUAUGGAUUUUCUAUAAAUAGUUCAAAGGUUCUGAGAAUUUUAUCACGUCUAUAGAAAAAGCUAAUAUAAGUAUUCUGUGCAAAUUCCAGUUCUCUAUAUUUUUUUUUAAAUCUAUUUACAUUUUAAAAAAUAAUAUCAAAAAUAAUGAAACCAUUAAUGCCGUAAACAUUCCAAUUUAUCCUACGUUUUUCUCAAAUAUUAAGAACUACACGAAAAUGAAUAAAGGAAGUUCUUAAUCACUAACUAGAUAAAAUUGUCUUCCAGAAAAAAUGCUGUUCAUGAAAUCGUUGGUAUAAAAGUUAUUUAUAGAUAGAAAAAUACAAAAUCGAAAAAAUCGGACACACACGUCACAAAAAUAUAGUAAAACAAUACUUGUAAAAUCAAUAUAUUUCUCGUUUUACUCAGAAUCUAAAAGCAAAUAAAUAAUGUGAGAGGGGGUAUUACUUUUUAAAUUCCAAUCGUGACGAUUUAAAUGCGCGUUUUCUUUGUCUGUCUGUCAACAACUUUUCGAAAAGAAAAACUUGCUCCGGUAUACCAAGUAUAGCACCUUUUUUGAAAAUAAAUUUUAUCUAGUUAGUGCAUUAAACAGCCCAUUUUUUAAUAUUCUAAAGAGUAUUUAAAGUAAUUGGGAAAAAUCGGAAAGAAAUUUAUACAUAACGGCAAAUAUUUUCGUCACGUCAUUGUGUUACCGAUUUCAUUGUUUUUAAUUUUCGAAACAUAUGUGUUCUACCAGAAAUACUAGUCUAAAAUACUGAACCAAAAAAUUCCAAGAGAACGUUUUUGUUUAAUUUUAUAUCUAAGAUGCUCACGAAAAAAGUUGUUUUUUGAUUUUUCAAGUAGGUUUCGUAAUAAUUUGGAAAACCCAGAAAAAGGUGAAAAAUGAAAACUGAUAAAUUUAAGGCACGUAUCGUUAGCAUUCCAUUGAACUCAAUUUUUUCUGCUAAUGUUUUCUACCAAACAUAUUACUUUAAUAUUAAAACAACAAAAGAACUUUCUUGUAGCGUUUUUAAUCUACAAGUAGUUGGUGAGUAAGAAAUACUCACCAACUACUUCACAAGAAAGAAGGUCAUUUGUGAUUUUCUUUGUAGUUUUUUUAAUAAGCAAAACUUUAAUGAGCAAAACCGAAAAAUAUGUAGAAAGUGCGGGAAAAUUUAUGAAAAUAAUUCUUUUGUUAUUUAAAAUUUUGUUCUUUUAAUUUAAUUCGUAUAGAGACUUGAAAUCUUGAUAGAAAACUUAUUAUUUCUUUUUCUAGACGUGUUAAAAUUUUCAAAACAUUUAAACUAAUUAUAGACAUUUUAUUUUGCUAGUUGUUUCCGUAAUUUAUAAUUGCUAAAUCCUCUGUAGAUAAUUGUUAGACUGAAACAGAAAUUUUUGGCAAUUUGACAGAAGGUUCAUCAUAAGUCGUAGAUAGUAUUCAAAAAAAAAUUGAGUGUAAAUGUACUUUUUUUUCAUAUAUUUAUAUUUAAGAGUUAAAAUCAAAUGUUGACAAAAAUCAUAAUUGUUGCCUUUCAAAAAAAUGUUAAAUGAAUUUCGCUCCGAAUCAUUUUUCGUUAUCAAUAGUUUAUAGUUGGUUACAUUUAUAAAUUAAAUAACUUUAAGUAUCCCACAUUCCCAAAUACACACCAACAACAGUGGCCACACCUGUUCCCAGUAUCAGUUUUAAAGACAUACAUUAUUGAAAAAGCAAUACUAUAAACCGAACUCGGGUCAGAAUCGUUUUUCGUUAACAAUGAUAAAUCUUUACUUACAGAUAUAAAUUAAAUUUGUAUUUGCAACGAUGUAUAAUUAGAUUUCUUAUACGAUAAUAACAUUGUCCUAAUUUACGUGUCGCCAAAAUUUUAAAAUUGUACAAAUUAAUGAAACCAAUAAACCAAUAUAAAUGAAACCAAAUAAUCGACUAACUGGUUUAUUUAUCAUACAGUGAAAUAGUUUGAAACACUUACUUAAUAAAAAAAUAAUUUCGUUGAAUUUAUGACAAUAUACAAAUCUGGUAUUACCAAACAAAGCCAAAAAAACGUAAUAUUAGGUACUCGAAUUAAUAAUGUAAAUAUUACAACGCACACAUAAUAAUACUAUCACUUUCCUCACUCUACCUCUAAUCGUCUUUACAUCCAUAUAUCAACCAAGGUUACUGUGGUCCUUCCAUUUGUAUUUUACUAGCCAUCUUCUUGUGUUUAUAACCUAUGAUCGCGGGUUUAGAACGUUUUUUGUAGUUAUUAUUAUACGUAUGAGUUCUAUCACAUCGGUAUAUUGUUGUACCACGUACGCUUUCUGAAUAAUAUGCCAAAGAAUGGGAAAACGCGCAAUAGGGUCGUAAGAGAAUAAACACAAAGUGGCAAAUAAAUCCAGGGGCACGCCGCUUACCCCUUUUUUCGGUUUCUCCUCGAUUCUGUUCUCCUCGCACGUCCAUGAUUUGUCAAAGAUAAACGUACCAGUGGGUUUCCCGUCGUGUUAGGGAAAUGAAGUGCCCUCAAUGAUCCUUUUCUUCGGUUUUCUCUCUCUCUCUCUCUCUCUCUGUUCUCAUUUUUUUCUUCUCAGAACGAGAUUUUUUACUUCAUAAAACAACUUUCCUUUCAAAAGGUAUAAAUUUACGUAGGUUUUAUUCCGGGUCAAGUACAGGAAGCAGACACUGGAGUUUACAAACGAUGACGGUUCUCCUUCAACAAUGACUUCAGGGUUUCUACUGUUUGUAUGACACCGAAAAUCUUAAGAUUAUUUACAAAAAAUAAUCAUAAAAAUAAACUUCAAAACACAUUAGUUUACUACAAUAUGAAUCGAAUCUGUUAAUAUUGUUUUUACCUACUUAUUAAUUUUUUUGAAUAUAUUAGACAAGAACUUUUAAUUGUAGUAUUUGUAUAAAAACAUUACAAAUAAUAUUUAAUUAUAAUUAACUGGAACUGGAAUUCAGUUAAUCCCUAUACAUCAUUUUCCGUAAUUUUUAGAAAAAUGCCAAAACAAUUUUAUUUAUUAAAAAAAUAUAACGAUAAUAAUAUACUAUACAGAGUAUGUAUUUUUAUUCGAUAGAUACCUAAAACAUUUAUGAAAAUACUGUAAUAAAAUCGUAUACACGUUGUGAUAUAAUUACAACUGUAAUUGAACAACCUAAAUGUUAACCUAAUAUAAAUGAGGGAGGGAAUAAUAUUGAAAGGGAAGACAGCAUCUGUGCUUUGUGUCUUUAUCCCUUCAAAUAACGCAGUAUAACAAUGUAAAAACCCAAGAUAGAAACACUGACAUGAGAUUAACAAUUUAAGAUCGAUGUAGCCAAGGGAUAGCAUUAUUACUAUGUUUGGUGUUUUGAAUAUAGUAUAGUAUUAAUAUAUAAUACAUGGACGUAAAAAGUUUCAAAUCGCCAUCGUCAAACGAAAAAUGUACUAUAUCAUUACAUUAUAUUUGUAGAAAAAUCCUUUUUAAUUUAUUAAACUCUAAACUUAUUUUAAAUUAAUAUCUCAGCUCAUUCAUUUGUUAUAAAUACAAUUUUAAUCUAAAUCUAUUAUAAUUUACUAAUGUGGUAUUAUAACAUUACAAUUUAAAAAAUACAUUGUUAUCUCAUGUUAAACUCCAAUAAUCUAAUAUCUAACAAAAUAAAUUAGAAAAUAUAAUCAUCAAAACAUUUGAACGAAUAAAAAAUGAUAAUAUUAAUAUUAUUCAGUAUUGUACGAAUUAAUUUAUUUAAAAAAAGGAAAUUAAGAAAAUGUAUUCACCAAUAAAAUAAAUCUAAUACAUUUUUUUUUGUAACAAUGUAAAAUAUAUAUUUGCACACAUAUAAAAUGUUUCACCUGCAAUUUGACAACUCGUUUGAGCAAUUUAAGCCAUUUUUGAACUAUUUAUGAAUAUUUAAUUUUACAAGUUUUAUGCGUAAUUUUUAUUUGGUAGGGAAAAUAUGGUAAAAUUGUUAGUGAUGAAAAUCUUGAGAAAAAAAUUAAGUGAAAAAAUCUAAUUUUUAAAUUUUUUUUUUUUAAUAUAUGUAUAUUGCCGAUUUAAGAACGGUGAUAAAGUAAGAAUUGAGCGGACUGAUAUAGUUUCAAAAUUAUAGCUUUUUGAAGUUCUAAUAUUAUGCGGACAUUAUAUGUUUUGUUAAAUAACUAUAUAUUAUCAAACUUGAAUAUCUUUGUCGUAGUCUAAUGAUUAUACAUUCCUAUUGACAUCCUAGGUGUCUCGAGUUGAACCCGAGUUUCGAAACAAAUUGUUUACAUUGUCUUCCCAUUUUACCUAAACAAGAAAAAAACAAAUGCAUUUUGGGUGUACCUAGAGUCCCAAGCCAUCGAUCGCUCAGACUAUUUUAAUUGCAAAGUACCCGUCGAUUUGUUGUGCAAACUUUUCUACCAGAAAUCUUGCUCCGAUGUAUGAAGUGUAGCUUAUUUUCCGAAAGGGAAUUUUAUCUACAUGGUACUUUAGGGAAAUAAUUUUUUGAUUUUUUAAACGGUUUCCAUAAUAUCUAGAAAAACGGAAAUAAAAUGACGGAAAAACGAAAAAUGUACGAAAUAUAAGUAUAGGUAUUAGAUUAAAAAUUAAUACGGCCUUCUUUUUUCGUGUGAACAACUUUUCUACCAGCAAUAUUGCUCUUAUUUCUAAUGAAAGUAAUUUUUCUAAAAGAAAAUCUGACUGGAAAGGUACUUUAGGGAGGUCAAUUUUUUGAUUUUCUCAAAAUUUUUCCCAGCAUUUGUGACAAACCAAGAAAAACGCAGGAAAAACGAAAGAAUCAGUAAAAUAUUAAACAAAUAUUAUUAAAGAAAAUAUAUAAUGCUUAUUUAAUUCUUUACCAUAAUAUGACAAAUACAUUUUUAAUAAAGCAUCACUAGAACUGAAUUCCGCUCAGAAACGUUUUUUGUUAACAGUAGUUUAUCGUUGUUUACAGAUAUGCAUUAAAUUCCCAUCAGUAUCCUACCUUCCCAAUUUCCCACCUACAACAGUGGCUGCACCAGCGUGCGAAGUAUGUCCAUUUCUUUUAAUCACAUCCCCAUUGAUUUUUGUUAGCUGUAGUUGAAUUUACUCGCCUCUCUGAUCUCGAUAUUCUGAUUCCCUUUCAUAAUAGUGAUUAGUUUUUAUUAUUAAUAACUCCACUCGAUAUCUGUCCUACUUGUGCAUGUGCCUAACGGCCACGUACGACACAUAGUUCUUAGUCCUAUACAAACAUAUUAUAAUAUUACAAUCAAACAUUUCACUUAUUUUUAUUUCUAUAGCCUUUGAAUAAUAUUAACUAUACUGUAAAUACCCUCUAGACAAAUGUAUGUUUAUUAAUUCAUGUGUAAGGUAUGCAUUAUAAGCAUAAUUUGGUCGUCUAAUAUAUUGGUUUCUAUUGUGCAUGUGUGAUGUGUUACUCGAGUUCAGUGUGCCUAUAGUAUACUCAACAAAUCGAUGAUAAUCAAAUUAAUAUAAGCGAUGAAAAUAAUAUUUGAAAUUCAUGUGUAUUGUAAAGUAAAUAAGUUAAUAUUGUUCCAAACACAAUAACCGAAAUAACGUAAAUAUAUAAACAAAUGACAAUUAAUUCGUAUUCUGACUGCGGUAUAAGUAUAGAAUAUAAAUAAUUAUCACUACUCUUCCUCUAAAAUAAUGAAGAAACCUAACAAGUUAUUUAAUUAUAAGAGCAAUAAUGAUAUAAAAAUACGAGAUUAUUCUAUUGUUAUUCUGGAUCAAGUUAUUAUUUAAAUAGGAGAAAGAUUUGAAUAAUUUAUGUAGUAUGAAGAUACAUUUAAUGUUUUAUUCAAUAUUAAUAAAAUAAAAUAAAUAAAUGAUGAAGAUCUAAUGAAACAUUGUAAAAAUGUAUAAAAUAUUUUAUCUGAUGGGAACUCAAAAGAUAUUGAGGCAAUAGAUUUGUACACAGAUAUAAAUUUUUCCGAAAUUAGAUAAAUGAAAACAUGACGUCAUUUCCGACGGAAAAAUGAUAAAAAAAAAACUCCGAGUUCUUUUCCUAAUAUUUGAAUUUCUCUUCGAAUCAUUAGGAUGAUUCCAAUUACGUCAACUAGUGCUGAGAAAUAUUUCUUAAAACUUAAACUCAUAAAAACCUAUUUGACACAAAAAAUAUUGCCUGGAUUAGCAAUAUGAUAUCAAUAAAAAAAACCAAAUGGCUUCAGAAUGAACUAUGGUUCUAUAAUUGACAUUUAAAAAUUGUCAGCUAAACAAUCCAGAAAAAAAAAAUUUAAUUAAUAUAAUAUUUUAUAAAUCUAUCAAUUAUAUUUUUUUCGUAACUCUCAAUAGUUAAUUAAAUAAUGUAAUUUAUAAUAUGUAAAUACUUGUAUACUUACAUAAUAAAUUUUGGUAUAUUACAUCUAUGAUUUGUACACAUUUUCUUUUUUGCAAUAUUCCACUGGUAUAAUCCUAAAAAAACAGAACAAAGAGUAGCAGUUGAUACAUACUACCUGUUUUAAAAUUGAAAGUGAUUAUACGAAAAAAAAAUUAUCAUAAUAGACUUACCCUCCCUAGAUAAAUUUGUGUAAUCUUGCGCUCCCUAAAUAAAUUUCCCAUUAUCACACAAAUAGUAACAUAAUCUGGGUAUAUUAACACGUAUAUCAAAAUUUAAUACAUAUUUUAAAUAUUCACCAGCUACUUGUAUAAUAUUUAUAUGAUAUUUUAUUUCUUAUUUUGUCAAUUGUUAUUCAUUCUGGAUCUGGUUAGUUAAAAAUUAUUUCAUAUUCGCAAUUAACUAAGGUUAAUACUUCAAACGUUUGAUCAAAUUAGCAAUUCAAUUUAAUUGAUAUAUUAUCACCAAUAAUUUAACUAUGGCUUUUUACAUCAUGAAAAAUAAAAUAGUUUGUAACUUUUAUUCAAACUUAGGUUACUUAUUUUCACUAACUUACUUCUAACUAAGUUAACUAAGUUAAGAAAUAUUUAAGAAAAUAACUUCUAUUCUAACUUUAUUAGUUUUUAUAUUAAAGUAGCUUAACUUUAACUAAUUGAAUAAAAUAAAUAACUUGCUCAGCUUUGCAUUUUAACCUAUAUAGACUCGCAGUUAUGUCUAAAAACAUACAAAUAAUAAUAAACACGCUUUUGAUUUGAUAUAGGUACCUACACACAAUUUUAUUUCAUUGAAUUUUCCUCUGCGACUGUACUAAAGGAUAUAUAGUAAAAACACUUUAGAAUAUAUACAAAAAUAUAUUAUAUAAUGUACAUUGUACAUUGUACACCAUUUGUAAAACACUUCAUUAUUAUAGGUAGGUGUAUGUAAAUGUAUAGGGUAUAUGCAAAGUAUAAGUAUAUAAUAGCAUAAUAAUAUAUAUAGGUGCAUGCCAAAUUAUUUAUUUUCUCUUUGUAUUCGUAAAUUCAAAAUUCAGGCGAUUUGUCAAAAAAAAAAUAUAUUCACGUCUAAAAGUACAAUAAUAAAAUCAAAACCACUAGAAUGAAAAAAGAAUAACUAGAUAAAUAAUGUCCCUUUUCCCGAAUGUAUGACCUACCUAUGUGAAAAUCUACAAAAUUAUGACGAGAACUCAUUUGUAUCAAUUUCCAUGCAUGGAUAUUAUGUACUGUUUUGAGCGAGGAUAAAAUGAAACUACAUUUUUAUCAUCUCUUUUUAAUAAAAUACAGUCGAUAAAUAAUUUACAAAAAAUGUCAUUAGAAAUGAUCCGAAAACAUGAUUCCUUUCUGAAAAACUCUAAUUUCCUCAAACAUCUCUUCAUUAAACUAUCAACAACAUUAUCUCUAAAUAUGUAUAUAUGAACUCAAAUUAAUUGUUUUGACUAGAGUAUUCUCUAUUAAAUUUGCAUAACAUGGCAUAUUUUUUACUUUUUAUUCUUCUCUGUUCUUAAAUUUACUUAUAUUUUUGUGUGUUACGUAUGUGGAGUGUUAAUAUCAACCUUUUUUCGUUGAAUAAAUAAAACUUUAUGGUUUAAUAUUACAAUCACGGAUUCUUUUCUGAUAGUUAUCGAAACUAUUCAAAUAAUUUUAAUCUUUAAACGUACAUAACAACUUGAUAUUCAAAAUAAAAUUAAAAUAACUAUACUCUUUUCACCAUCACUCAUCGAGUAAAAGUCAGAUAAUUCAACUUUAAUAUAUUAUGAUUCCGAUGAGUUGACUUAAAAACACAAUUCAAUGUAAAUUUGUAACAGUUGUAAAGCGGGUCAUACACUAUCACGACCAUUGAAUCGGCUCCAAAGAAACGUAAUAUUAAAUUGGCUCCCGAUACAAUUUUCAACAAGAAGUUCUCAAAAUAUGAAAAUUGACAAAGUAUCGAUAUUAAUAUUUUUAGUAAUACAGUGCCAGAGCACGGUCUAAAAUUAUAUCAUUAUUUAACUAUAGCUUAGUAUUUAACUUAUAUCGUACAACACAAUAAACGCAGUUCGUUAUUUGUAUUCAUACCUUAAAAUUUUUAGACAGAGCGGAGCGAAAAAGCUUAUGGUUUUACAAAACUGUUUUUUUUUUUAUCUGUGCGCAACUUUUCUCCCAAUAAUCUUGUUCCGAUUUUUAAGUGUAGCAUCUUUUCUGAAAGGGAAUCGGUGUGGAGAGGUCCUCUAAGGAGGUCAUUUUUCGAUUUUUUCAAGUUUUCUCAUCAAAAGUGAAAGACCGAAAAAAAAACUGAGGAAUAACGGGAAAAUGUACGAAAUAUAUUUCUAAAAUAUAACGAUUUAUUUUUUUGGGCAUAAUUUUUCUACCAGCAAUUUUGCUUCCAUUUAUAAUUAUAGCAAUUGAAGCAACCAGAUAAAUCCACUUUUUAAAAUUGUUCAAUAUGAAUAAAAGUAAUUUUUUUUUUUAACAAUGAAAAUUAAGAAAAAUAUGUUUAAGAGAUGUUAAUCUUUUAAUUUUAUUAAUAGUACCCAAAAAGAAUAAACACAUUUGGUUUUUCUACAUUCAUAAGAUUUUUUAAAAAUAAUUAUCAAGGUUAAGUUGACAUGGAGUUAUCUGGAUUCUUGUCCGAAAUAUUAUUUUUUUUACUGUAAGUAUAAAAAAAAUAAUUUUUUUUGACCAACUUAAAUAUUACUUACUACUCAAAAAACUUCGUAGAUUUCUUACAUUAUAUCUUAAUGUUUUAUUAGUGGUGUAACUCCGAAAUUAUCAGGGUGUUAUACCAAAAAACAAAAACAAGAUAAAUCUAAUUUCAUUAAAAAUUAUACAUAUAUUUAUCUGAUUUAACUGGUUGUUGCACCUACAUGUAGGUAAUUUUUUCUUACACAAUAAUCAAUGAAAAAGUGAAUUUUACCUUCAAGCCCUUCAGUUUUUCUAAAAGGAAAUCCGACUGGGAAGGUACUUUAAAGAGGUAAUUUUUCGAUUUCCUGUAGAGUUUUCUCAUAAAAUAUGAAAAACCGAGGAAAAACAUGGGAAAACCGGUAAAAUCGGUAUAACAUUAAUCGAAUAUUAUUAAAAAAUAUAUAUAAAGCCUAUUUAAUCAUUUUACUAUAAUAUGACAUAUAUAUUAUUGACAAAACAUCACUAUCAACUGAACUCCUCUCGGAAUGGUUUUGUUCGUUAGCUAUGGUUUAUCGUUGCUUACAGGUAUACAUUUAAUUACCUAUAACAGUGGCUGCACAUGUCCCCAUUAUCCAAGUACGUCUUUUUUAAUUAUUGAAUGCUUAAAAUUAAUUCGGUCGAAAAAAAAAUUAAAAAGGGAAAAUUAAUUUAACAGUGAAUAAAUAAAUUUAGUUAUCAUAAACCUCUCCGAAAUCCAUUAAAAUGGUUUAAAUGCACUAUAAGCGAAGAUUUACUUGAAAGUUAGUGAAAACGAAAAUGUUAUGUGAGAAUCGUAUUUUCUUGAUCAUAACUACAACCCAGACAAAGAAUACCAACCCGAACGUCGAAUAAUUAACAACCUACUUAAAAGAAACACUGUUGAAAGUAUAUGUGAACGCCCUUCCAAAUUUUUGAAUUCAUACUUAAGGGAAAAUUCAACAAAUUCGAUUAGAUACAAAUUAAUAUGUAAAACAAAUUAAACAGAAUAUAUUCUACAAGCUCGUGGUUCAGUAUUCCACAGUUACCUAAUAGCAGACAAGAGGUGCAUGAUAAUUUACAAACCACGCAUACAAAAACAAUAAAAUGUAGAACGGUAAACAAUUUGUAAAAAUUAAUAAUGCGGAGAAGGGGGUCAUAUUCUUUAGCACAGAAAACAAUUUAAAAUAUUAAAAGAAUCGACUAGAUUUUAAGUCGAGAGAACAUUCUCGUAUUAAACAAAAAAAAUGCUAUAUCCAAAUUGCGUACAAAAAAAAAGGGAUGUUGAUCGAUAACCGAGUCUCGUACGUGGUUUUUUUGUGACAGAGUCAAGUUGCGUGCAAUUGGAUAUGAUAUGUUAUGUAGACAAUAAAACUGUAUACAGUUCAACGAUUUAUAACUUUUGGUGAUCAGUUAAUAGUUAAAUAUAAGUUUAAUUUCGAACCGUACGACAAAAAAAAACAGAUAUCGUGUACAGUGAAAAAAUUAAAAAAUUAUACAUCAUUAAGGGAUAUGAAUUUUUAAAUAAUAAUAUUUACAAAUGAACAUUCACAAAAAGAAUGUGUAAACCUUAUUUUCCAAAAAAUUCAAUCACUUGGUCUAAGUAAAAAUAAAUACAUUUUUUAAAUUUUAAGACGUAAAAUCAAAUCCUAGAAUAAUAGAGUCGGGUGCAGCCACUGUUAUAUGUAAUUUAUUGUAUACCUGUUAGCAACGUUAAAUCAUUGCUAACGGAAAAACAAUUCUGAGCACAGUUCAGUUGAUAGUGAUGCUUUUUCAACAAUAUAUAUGACAUAUUAUGGUAAAAUAAUUAAAUAGAAUUUCUAUAUUUUUUUUGAUAAUAUUUGUUUAGUAUUGUAUGGAUUUUCCCGUUUUUUUCCGGAUUAUCAUAUUUGCUAAGAAAACUCUUAGAAAAAUUACUUUUCUAAAGUACCUUUCCAGUCAGAUUUUCUUUCAGGCCCAUAGAAUGUUAAUAGGCAUGUAUAACUAUUAUACCACGACAAAUAUUCUUUAAAAGGGACAAUAUAGAGUUAUUUGAUAUAACAUAAUAUAAUAUCGGCAUAAUAUCAGAACUUCAAAAAACAAAUUUAGUCAGUCCGCUCAAUUCCGACUUAAUCACUGUAUCGGUUCCAUACACUAUCUGUUUUAACUAUUUAUACGAGUAAUGACAAUACUGAAAAUUCUUUUAAAAAUAAAGUUUAUGAAAAUAAUUGUAUAGUAAUUUGAACAGAAUAUUAUUUAAUUAUAAUUAAAAAUUGAAAUACUGCAUUUUGGUUGUUUUUAAGAAUACGACCAGUUAAAAUUUCAAAUUUCAGUACAUCGAUAAAAAAAAAAGUUUUAUUUAAAUAUUAUCCUGUAUUUUUAAUUUAAAUUUAAUUAAAUAUUUAUAUUACGGUUUUUGUAACUUGUUUAUAAAAAGUGCUUUCAUGUAACUUUUUAUUAUUAUGUAAAAUACGGAAAAAUUUGUUUAGGCCUGUGUAUCCUAUAUGGUAUAAAUAUGAAUUAUCAUAUGACUUAUCACAUCUAUCAUAAUUAAAUAUUGAUUUGCCACAUUUCUUACAGAAAAUUAUCUUAAAAUACCACCAUUGAACGCGGCGCAAAAUUACCUACAUAACCGACACACAAACACUAUACAAAUCAAAUAAUUUUUAAAAUCUGACUUAUUAUGUUUCUCAAAAUAAUUUGCUACAAAACACUUCCGUAGAGUAGGUAAUCCUAAAAGUCUGCAACAUUAAAAUCGUGGAAAGUUAAAAUUGUGUAAAACAGUAAAAACGUGAAAACCUAAAAUUGUCCCGGCUUUACCUAUUUUGAUUAUAAUACCAAAGUGAUGUGUUGCAGCAGUGUGUUUGCGUGCUUGUGUGCGAAACAUAAAAAAAACCGCAGGCGAUGAGAAUAAUACGCGUUUAUAAGUAUAAUAAUUUCAAACUGUACCCGGAAAAAAGCCGGUGAAAAUAUAUACACAUAUAUAUUAGAAAAAAAAAAUGAAAAAUUUUUAAACGAAUGUCUCUGUCGCGUGCAUAACGUUUACGACUGGCAUUCGUAUACAAUAUAUAUAUUCUAUGGGACUAUGAUGGGCGAAGGCUGCGGGUAGACACGGCUGCAGGUCCGGAAAAGCGUUUUCCUAUGUAAAUACUUUUCCACGGCGGUAUUGCUACACCACCGCUGGUACAUUCAGGUGUGGUGUGUGUGCGGCGCAAACACAACUGCAGUGUUCUACAUGAAGGUAUGUAUGUGUGUAUGUGCGUACGUGUGUGCGCGUGUACCACGUGUAUAUAUUAUUAUACCUACGCAUUAUAUAUGCAUAUACAAAGAUACAGCGUACUCCCACGCUCCCAUGCAACAAAGGUAUAGUUAGUGAUGCUGUAUUACAGUGUAUAUUAUAUACCUAUGCCAGUCGCCCGGUGUACACCGGCAAAGGCCGCGGAGGAAGAAAAUGUAUAUUACAUGUCUGAAAAGCGAAAACCCCGUGGAUAAUUAAAACACCCGCGGACUGCGGAUAGACAACGACUACGACAACGGGCAACCGGUAGGUAGGUAGGUAGGUAGGUAGGUAUAUACGAGCUUUUGUGCACCCCGUGGACCGUUUUAAUUAGACGACAAGCGGUGGCGAAAAAGACAGAAUAAUAUUGUCGUUGUACAUAAUAACACGGCCGGUGUUGUGUCCCCGAGGCUUGUGCGGUGGUGCGCGGGCGAAUAAAGCGAAACAAAACGACGAAAAAAAUAACGAUAAUUACACCAUGUCUAUUCUCCGUACACUCCACCGUUCCCCCGUCUAGUUCACAAAAUUGUACAUACUUAUAUAACAUUAAAAAGGGAUGUGUAAAGAUAUAUUAUAAUCUACAGGAACGUGGAAGCAUAUGUAUUAGACUUCACGAAGCCCGAGUCCUUUUUGGAAGCUCCGUUCGUACUGCACGCGCCCAUCAAGCUGCUCAUUCACGGUUACACCGGUCACAAAGACUAUUCGCCAAACACCGAGCUUAGACCAGGUAACAAUACCCAAAUAAUAAUACGAGCGUUUUGUUUCACUUUACGUGUUUAGAGGAAAUAAGAAAUAACAUUUAAACGAUAGGAAGGUACAGUCUAUUAAUACAACUAAAUUAUAUUAUGUGUAAAUUUACAGGAUGGAAAUAAAAUAGAUUAAGUUAAGAUGGGUUACGUUUAGUCUCCCUUGUACUCGGUUCUUCAAAUAAAACUGCUUGGUUUUAUUUUCAAACAAAACGGUUUAGUCAUAUAAUUAUUUCUAAUUAGGUAAUCAAACAAAUUAGUUUUUAAAAUAAUAAAAGAAUAUUACCAUCGCAGAAAGACCACCGUGAUGCUUUUCGCUACUAGAAAUGACAAAAACAGUGGAGAAUUUUGUUUAAAAAAUCACAGUGAUAAUUAACGCAGACAAUAAUCGCGGUGAUGCUAAAAUCAUAAAAAUGAGGAAAUUCGUGCGAAAUUCAUUUAUGGUAUUAUUGUUCUUUGGCUUAUUUAGAAAUCACAAAAUAUUAACCGUUCUAAAAUAUCAACAAGUUGUUAUAUUUCGAUACACUGAGUAAUAUCAUUGAAGAGACGGUGAUUUUGCCUCACUCUACGGUACAUCGUACACGAACGGAACGAAAUCGAAAAUUUUGUUAUAGUUAACUAUAUAGAAUCAAAUAUAUAAUAUUAUAAAUUAUUUACUGCCCGGUCAGCGAUAAUGCUUUCAUCAUCUAUUAAUUGGUUUUGGAAUGAAAUUAUCAUAUUAUAUUGUAUAAUAUCAUGCAGCUACGUUACUUCGGUAAUUAUAUUAUGUUCGCUCUGCUUUUAUAAUAUACUUGGUAUGUACCAAAAUAAAUUAGUCCAAAAUCGCAUGGCCUCAGACACGAAUAAUUUAAUAUUAUAUUUAUUAUAGAAGGUAUCUGCCAUCUAUUUAUAAUAUAAAUACCUAUAUUAGUAGAUAAAAUAUUUAUGUUCCCAGAACUCCUUCGCGUCUAUGUAUAAUAGUAGUACUAUUAUACUAUAGUUCCAUCAUAUCAUUUAAAUAUUUAACGUAAAACAAACAAAAAUACCCGAAAGUGAUUUUCAGAAUUUUUACUUAUUAUUAGAAUUAAAGACGACCACGUUAUAUUUUAGGAUAUAACAUAUAUUUUAUCAAUUUAUUUAAAUGGUAAUUAUUCAAGAAUAAAAUAUGACCUUUUUUUACAAAAAAAAAAAAAAUAUUUUUAGAAAUUAAUAUUUAGCUAAAUAGAUAUGUCAUUUUUUACGUUCGUCUUCGCUGAAAUCCUCGUCAUGCCCGCAUAUUAUGUCUUAUAAAUGCACGGCAUAACAAAUUUGCGUUCAAUAGGACCAAUUUUGUGAUGUCAAUUUUAAUAUUAGAAUGAAUUGACCUACAUUUGUGUUUCAACUUCGGUUUUUUUUUCUAUAUUUUAAUUUUUAAUUGAGAAAUAAGCAUUUUUAAAUUUUUAUAUUCACGUAUCAAAAGAAUCAAUGUAUAAAUAUACCGAUGUUAUUACCUUUAAAUUUAAUAAUUGUUCUAAUAUCAAAGCUAACAGCACAAAAUUAGUCCUAUUGGACUCAAAUAUGCUAUAUCGUACGUUUUUAAGACAGCGCAUACGUACGGGUAUGAUAUUCUCUUAAAAUGUAAUAAUAUUAUUGUUUAAUUAUAUGUUAGUAUAAAUUUAACAAUUGCCAUACUAUAGUACCUAGAGUACAAUAAAUCAAACAUAAUAAAGAAAUUAUAUUUUUCAUAAUAUAUUUAACAAUUUAAACAUUGUUAUUAUUUGUUUAAUUAACAUUAUUUGUACCUUUUCAAUUUCGUUAGCGUGAUAAAUAACAAUACAUUAAUAGAGUUUUAAUUUCAGUGGAUAUACCUACACGGUUAAAUAUCGGUAGGUACCUACGCAAUUCGUUUAAACCCACACAAUAUAAUAACAAAUUUCCACGAACUUACUUAACUUUGCAUUUCACGCCGGUAUAUUAUAAGUUUUGAUAAUAUACUGUAUUUUGCGCCAGGAUUUACCUAAGUCACUCGACACGUCGUUUAAAGCCCAAAAUAUUAUCAUCAUAAUGAUGAUACAUUAUUAUUAUUGUACCGCAGCCAGGAUAUUAUGAUGUUUAGUAUAGUUAUAAACACCCUGUCAACUGAAACAAAUUAAACGAGCGACGGGACUUUUGAAGGAAACGAUACAAAUUCACGAAAAAAAAUAAUGAUAUACACGAUUAGAAAAAAAAGGCUGAUACUACAGAUAGGUAUACAACUAUUUUAUUAGGAAAGUUGGACGGAAGGGUAUAUAUAUAUAUAGGAAUUUUGUUUACCAUGGCCAACAAUUUUCUCAGAGGAUUUUUAUUUUGUUUUUUUAAUCAUGUAGAAUCGUUUUAGCUAUAUUUCAAAAUAAUUUUUAAUUUUUUUACCUCUACUCCACCUCUACUCUUUGACCUAAAAUAAGUACGAGUAUAUACUUUUAUUAUAUAAAAUAGGAACCCCUUUUUUAUCACAAAUUCAAAUAGAGAAUAUUUUUCUAGACAUUUUGAUAUGCAUAUCACUAAUAUUAGAUAUAUGAGUUAUAACCGUUUAAAGUCUAAACCUAAAAAGUAGGGAAGGAUAAUAAAUUGCAUAGAUAUCUAUUUUUAAAUGAUAAAUUGAUAACUCUCCUUUAGUACAAUUCCAAACCCGAAUUUAAUUUCCCCUCGUGGCCUCUUCGACAAUAAAAGUAAAGUAAUAUUAUCGUGUAUAAUAAUAUUACAUCUUUAUCGUCUAUGGUGAAAAGCUGAAAUUUUAAUAAAUAAAUUAUAAUAAUAUGUGUGCAAAUUUAAAUUACAAAUUUUUUUUCGUGUUAACUUAACCAAAAUAUAUAACUCCAAGAUAAAAUUACUAAAUACUUAUAAUUGUAUUGUUAAGCCAGUAAUGGGAUAUAACCCCAAAAUAACCCCCCACUGUACACAUCACUGGUCCCAGUAAGUAAUCAAUCAAUACGAGUAACAUCCAAGUAAUAUUAUACACAUUUUGUUGUACAAUAUAAAACACCGUAGGUUUUUUUUCUUCCCAAAAUUAAAAAUCGUAAUUGACUUCUAGUUGACGAGACAUUUCACUAUUAAGAUUUGACAGGAGAAGAGCGAUGGUCUAUCAUUUAUAAUAGACCACUAUCAUCAUUUAUGAUAGCACGUGGCAUUAUAAUAGUGUUUUGCCACUCACCCCUGCCUAAAUUUAAAAGUGUAAUAUCUUAACGGAUUGACGGAAAUCGAAAAAGUCAAUAGCAAAAUGUAUUUAAACUAAUACUCUAUCUAUUUAUUGAAUUUUUAGUAUAGACUACCACUUGAAAAUCAAAAGUAGAUAAUGGUUUUACCCCAUAAAAUAAGAGUGACAAAAAACAACCAAAAUUAAAUAUUUUAAAACUACUUAUUUUUUAAAUGUUCUAAAAAACAAAUUUCGAAAAAAGUUAACACUUUCCGAGACGAUAAGUGUUUUAUAAUCACCCUGUAUACCAUCAAUAUUAAAAUAGUAUGGUAACGUUUAUAACAAUCGAACAGUACCCAAUAUUAUAAUAUUAAACUAACCAUUUCCCUGUUCCCCGUAAUCUUUUACUAUAAAAAGUUUUGGUCUACCUAUGCUGGAGAUAAUAUUUUAUUCGGAAAACCAGUCCCAAAGAAGGGGAGUGGAAAAUACAUGACAUAUAAAAAAGAAGUGAUAGUGGGGACGGGUGAGGUUACUGUUGUAGGUGGGUAAUUUGGAAGGUGGGAUACACAAGGUUAUUCAAUUUAUAAACGAAAUAUGAAAAUAUAACAAAAAUAACAAAAAACUAUUCGAGGCAAAGUCCGGUUAUACAUGGUUUAAAAGACCCUAAUAUUUUUGAUUUUCGUCAUAAUUUGAUUUUAAAACUCUUACAUACAAAAAAAAUACUACAUUAUACUUAAUUUUUAUUUUUGACCACUAAGUACGACUUAUAACAAACCUCCUAUCAUAUUUUCAAGCAUUUUUGUGUAAUAUAACAAUUGUAUCCACAGAGUACCUACCAAAUAAAGAUUAAAAAACUAAAAUGCUUUUUGUCAAAAUUUCAAGUCUCCACGAAUAACUAAAUUACAUAAAAAAACAAAACAAAGUUAAAUUAUGUUUAAUGUAAUAUUUUCGAUUAAAAUAGCCCGAACGAGCGAUAGCAAUGUCUCUAGGUACACUUAAAAAGCAUUUGUUUUUCUUAUGUUUAGGUAAAAGGGAAAUAAUAAAAAAUGCAAAAAAUUAUUUCCAAGUCACGGGUUCGAGAAGUUCAUGACUCCUAAGACACCAAUGGCUUGAUGUACCAUUAGACUACGAUAAACAUACAUUAGUGUGGACAAUAUAAAGCUAUUUAACAUAUCAUAUAAUAUCAGUACUUCAAAUUUCGAAACUAAAUCAGUUCGCUCAAUUCUGACGUCACCAUCGUUCUUAAAUCGGCAAUAUACAUAUCUUCAAAGCAAAAUAUUGAAAAAUUAGACUUCUUCCGAAUAAUUUUUUACACAAACUAUUUUCAGUAUUUGAUUUUAAAAUUCCUUUAUAAAAAAAAAAAUACAUUAAACUCAAAUUUGUUUUUUGACCAUAACGUCCAACUUUUAAUAAAUUUUCUGUUAAAUUUCCAAGUAUUCUUAUCAAGUCUAACAAUUUUACCACAUAGUACCUACCUACAGAAUAAAAAUUACGUAUAAAACUCUCAAAAUUAAAAUGUCUAUAAAUAUCUCGAAAAUGGCUUAAAUUGUUUAAAAAUUUUACCACGUCUAGAAAAGGCAAAUUUAAGUUUUUUGUCCAAAUUUGAAGUCCUUACGAAUAUUUUUAACUGAAUUACAACAAAUAACAAAAUUGAAAAAUAAAAAAAACAUUAUUUUCGUAAAUUUCCCGUUAUUCUUACGUUUUAUCCUGGUUUUUCCCAGAUAUUAUAAAAACCGCUUGGAAAAUCAAAAAAUAACCUCCCAAAAGUACCAUCUGGAUAACAUUCCUUUUCAGAAAUGGUGCCUAUAUAUCUGAGCAAAAUUUAUGGUCGAAUUUUUGUACAGAGGAUAAAAAAAAAAAAUUAGCAUCUUAGUAAAACCCUUACAUUCUUCGCUACAAUCAGAAUCUAAAACGACAAGAGACCAUAUUUUUGUUGGUUUUUUUUUUAAUAAGCGUUUUGAAAUCAAAUUUAAAUGAAAAUUGCAAAAAAAUUACACAUUAUUAAAUUUUAUUUUAAUUAAAACGGCACUUUAUUUUAGGCAUUUACCCAUAUCCAUUUUAUUUGUUACAUUUAGUUAUAGUUAAUCGAGUUGUUGAUAACAAGCAUACAUGUUCAUGGUAAACGGACAGGGUCAUAACGCUUACUGGUCUAAUAUAGUAUCUUAUGAGUGGAAUUUUGAACGGUGACUUUUUUCUUUUUUUGUUCAUCAGUCCCCCCAAACCUAAAUCCAAACUAAAUGAAUUAUUUUUGUAGGAGCACUAGGUAUUUUUUUUAUGGCUUAGCAGAGCUUCUCUGCUUUAAUUUUUCCCAAUUCAAGCACUGGUUAUUGGGUAGGUAACUAUUUGGAUUAUUAUUUGUCAGUUUGUCAAAUAUGUUUAUGAAUAACAAUUAUUUGUAUACCUCUCAAUAAAACCGAAAUUAUAUUAUAGGACAUAUACAAUAUACAUGUGUAUUUUGGAAACCCAGAUUUUUUUUCUAUUUUAAAAAUCGGUAUAUUCUCUACAGCGUACCUCCGACACCGUGACUUAAACGUUAUAUCAGUAGACUACAAGGAGCUGGUGCAACCACCAUGUUAUGUGCAAGCGGUGCAUAAUGUACCGCUAGUGGGCAAAUGCACCAAAAUGUUGCUUUUAAGGCUGUUCAGACUACGACCGGACUUGAAUCUGCAUGACCUACACGUAAUUGGAUUCAGUCUGGGUGCACAAGUGGCUGGUCAUGUUGGGAGGCUCAUGAACAGCACUAUUCAAAGAAUAACUGGUAUGUACCAAACUGUACAUCAAUAAAUGGUAGUAUGGUACCAAGGUUUCAGUUAUAUAAUAUAGGCUAUCUAAAUACCAACCAACAUAAUAUAUUUAUUAUAUAGUUAUUAUUUUGCACAAAAUGAAAUUGUUUUUGAAGUAUAAUAAUUGGUGAAUUUAACACAAAAUAAAAUAAAUAUUUUACACAAUAUUAAAUUAAAAAUUCAUAUUAUUAUAAAGGGUCAUCUAAAUUGUCUGUGACAAUAGUUUUAUAAAUUAAUUUUUGAAAGAUAACUGAGGAUUUAUAAUUGUAUACAAAUUUGGUAGAUAGGUAUUUAAAUAUAACAGUGUAAAUUUAACUUGUAUAAUUUUAAAACAGGUUUAUUUUUAAUACGGGAUAUUUGGGUAUGUACACUAAAAAUAAAAAAAUGUUUUUCCUAUAACUAACAUUACUACUCAACAUCAAAAAUUAUUUCGUUCAUUUCAGGUCUUGAUCCGGCAUCUCCACUAUUUGACACGUUCUUAGUUAGCAAUGAAGUAUUAGAUAAAUCGGAUGCAAUUUUUGUUGACGUAGUGCACACGAACAUUGCAUUUAAGGGCAAAUUCGCACCACUGGGUCACUUGGACUUUUAUGCAAACAAUGCUAUCGCUCAACCCGGUUGUGGCACAAGUAACACAUAAUAUGAUAUUUAAUAAGUUAUUAUGUAUUAAUAGACAAAAUUAUUUGUCAUUAUAAUAUAGUACGUUUUAUAUUUGUAAUAUAAUAUAAUUACCUAAUACCUAUAUAUCUACUUCUUGAUCCAUAACAGAUACAUCAUGUAGCCAUGUAAGGGCCGUAGAAUAUUUUGCUGAGUCAAUAGAUGCAAAAAUUCCAUUUUUAGCAGUAAAAUGUAUAAGCUACAUAAUGUACAAAUUGAAAUUUUGCAAAGCGUCUGAUACAAAUUCGUUAAUAGUCAUGGGCGAACAUGUGGACAAAUCGUAAGUACCAAUACAGCUAAUUUUGGGACUAAUUUUUUACAUUAUAAUAUUAAUAAAUUGAGUAUUUUUUACUGUUUCUGAGAGUGAUAAAUAAUCACUAACAGCAAUUAUAUGCAUUUAAUUCCAAAAAAUUUAAAAAUUGAAAGACAUUAAAAAGUAACUUUUUUUUAUGUUUACAGCCAAAGGGGAAUUUACUAUUUUAUGACAAACAGUGAACCACAAUAUGCUCAAGGACUAGAAUCAUAUGGAAUAAAAAAAUUAACCAAAACCACAUCGCCAACACCAAUCUUGUCUCAAAAUUACUGAUUUUUGAAAAAACCAUAAAAUACAUGUUACAUACAAUGAAAAAUUUGUACGAAAAUAAAAUUAAAAAAAAAAAAAAAACAGAAUACAUUUAAAACAUUUACAUUUUAAUGUUGUCUACAAAAUAUAUUUCAAUCACUGUUGGUUUAAAAUCUAAUACCCAAACAUCUGGGGUGUGUAUAAUUUAAUUAUUAAUUUGAAUACAAUUUGCAAUUAUGCAAAAAGUUAUUAAAAACAAAUAUUGUCCGAUGUUAUAAAUGUAUGUUGAUAGAAUAUUUAACAAUAAAAAAUAUUAAUACUCAUAUCAGCCAUUCUUGGUUUUUGAAAUAGAACCUCUGAAAUAAAUAAAACAUAUUGUAAAACUAUUCAUAAAAAUUAAAUUUACAAAAAUGAUAUGCUUACCCAUGGUUUUGAUGGGUUGACUUAGUUCCACUUAACACUAUGUAAGGAGAUUGGGUUUGCUUUUGUUUAGAUUGUAACAUAUUCAGUGUACCAAGCGGUGUAUCUGUUGAACUCAUUUGUUUCAUUAACUAAAAAAAAAUAUUAAAAAUUAAAACCAUUUGAUUUAUAAUAUGUUAUUCAAAUCUAUAAUUAAAAACUACCGCUUCUUGUUCAGCUUUUUUGAUUCGUUUCUCUAUUUUGUUUUUGCCAGGGCCCUUGCCAUGAAAUUUAUGUGACAAAUAUCUAUAAACAAUUAUAUUUUAUUUACUAGACUAAUAACUAAAUGUUUCUACUAACCGGAAAGCUUCUUUUUCACUCAAUAAAUGCCCAUCAUCAUCAAUGUAAUCUAAUUUUAUGUUUGGCUUAUAGCUAUCUUUUUCCCUGAAUUCUACUGUAGGACCACUAUAUCUGUCUCUUCUACUCAGUUUAUCAUCUUCAGCUCUAAAA